GGCAGUUCAAGCGCCCCGCGUGCUCUCCUCUGACUGGUAGAAUGCAGCUACUGUGGGCGUUGGCGUCGGCCGCGGCGCUGCUGACGUCUUCCGGCUCCGUCUCGGGUGCUGCCGUCGACCCCAAGGACAAGGGCGAGCCGCUCUUCCCCGAUGGCCACCCCAACAUCACGUACCUGACGGACAAGAACUGGGACGAGCACAUGACCAAGACGGACAAGCCGUGGAUUGUCGACUUCUAUCAUCCUUUCUGCCCGCACUGCAAGCACUUCGCGCCCGCUUACUUCGAAUUGGCGGCCUACUACAAGGCAAAGGGCAACAUUUAUGUCGGAGCAUUGAGCUGUAUGGACCACGUCAAGUGUCGUCGCGUGGGUAUCACUGGAUUCCCGACUCUAAUGACGCUUAACUUUGACAAGAAGAACCCCAAGAAGGAGAACAAGCGCAUCAUCGGCACGCACACGGUUCAAGAAGUGAAAGAUUACGUCGACAGUGUGUUCGCAGAAGCUGCCUUCAACGAGACAGGCACGUGGCCGCCUGGGUACGUGUCUCCCGAACAGAAAGCCAAGGAGGAAGAGGAAAAAAAGAAGAAAGAGGAAGAAGACAAGAAAACAGCUAGCAGCAUGGCUGCAUCCCAGGGCAAAGAGCCGCCAACGAUCACUGCGACCCCCAAGCCUGCGAUUUGGGAGGAAUCCACGCUCUCAAUGAACCAGACGACACGUAUCCAGGACGCCGCGUCGGCCUUCGUGUUCGGUCUCAAGCAGGGCGCGUUUAUGGCCAGUGACGUGAUGGAUGACGAGGAGUUUGACGCACUGAAAGGCUGGCUCAAAAUGGUGUCCGAGACCUUCCCAGGAGCCAUCAACCGGAAGGUUAUUCGACCUUUGUAUGAGAAGGUCAAGACGAAGGAGUUGCUGGACUUUGACACGUGGGAUGCCAUCGUCAAGGAGUGGCAAGAAGGCUCGGUCGCUGUCUUUAAAGCCGAGGAAGAACGUUUCGAUUUUACCGGUAUUACCGUUCCGGAAUGGCAGCGAUUGGACAAUUUGUUCCUCGGCCAAGGGGCCACUUAUCGCGCCUGUGCCUUGUAUACAUGUGGCCAAUGGAACAUGUUCCACAUGCUGACGAUGAACCCUCCUGAAACCGGUACACGCAGUGCUGAGCUGCUGGUAUCUGUGGUGGCUUCGAUCCGUCGCUUCAUGAAACAUUUCUUCGGCUGUGUGAACUGUCGGGACCAUUUCUUAAAGGAGAAUACGAUCGAAGCAGUCAAGAAGAUCAAAGACGCAGAGGAUAAACCCCUAGCACUGCGUCGUUGGCUCUGGGAGCAACACAACUCGGUUAACAAACGUCUGCAUCACCCUAUUUGGCCCAAACCUGAAGUUUGUCCCACUUGUGGCACGGACGUGGCGUGGGAAAUGGUCGAAGUAGACAAGUGGAUGAGCAGAACGUACGGUUACCGUGACGUUAGCGUUCCUUUGGUUAAUGUAGCGGCUACAGCACCGAUGAUGACAGCUGCGGUGCUACGUAAAGUACCGGAAGCUCCUGCUGUCAAGCAACAAGAGACAGAAGCGCCUAAAGAGGUGGAAACGACUCCAAAGACGACGGGCCCGACCGCUGUCGAGCCUGAAGGCGGUGAUGAAUACCGACAGAAGGAUGCGGAGCUCGGUAUCAAGAACGCAGCCAACACUUUGGAUCUUGUUGCAGACACGAAGACGAAGCCCAAGGACGGUCUCCAAGGUGUCAGCGCUCCGCCUGUGACGCUGUUCGCGUGGUAUAUCCUUCCUGUUGCAGCUGUGGGGGGCUACUUGCUGUUCGUGCGCUCCCGCGCUAAACAGAAGGCGUACCGUCAAGUUCCCCGUAAUUGAAUGGAUUAGAGUCGAAACUCUAUUUUCUUAGAGAAAGAUUGCUAAUCCCGGAAACUUUUACAAUAAAGAAGCACAUUCUGUACAA